CGGGGAGCCCUGCUGAAAAACUACUUUCCAUAGGAUUAUUAUCUGCGUAUCGGUGCAUUUCUCCUUACAUAUUUCGUGGUCACUAAAGUUGUUCCAUGCUAUAACUAUAUUGAGUUUCCGACAAUUCCAUGAAACCGUUUCUUUCUGUUUUCUAGGUCUCUCAGUUUACCCCCUUCUGAUACGGUAGUCCUUCCAUGUCAGAGGAUGCGAAGUUCCACGAUAACUCGAUUUGGAAUGCUAAUCGACAUAGGCUUGACAAGUAUCACAACGAAAAAUCCUACACUGGUCUGGAGUAUGACAUGGGGUCGAUCUCCUUUGAUUCAAGUGAAAACGUGGGUGACAACCACGACCUCCAGUCUGCACGCGAACCGAUGCCGACUGAUCUGACGACUCCCUUUGCGGGACUAUCCCAGCCCCAACUUGAAAUACAUACUGCGGAUGCAGGGGUUGACAAAAUCGAAACAAGCUCGGAUGAAGAUGACCCACCGCAGUCCGUGAUACAUGCUCCUGCGGGCUUUGGUGACUUUGGGGCGAAUGGAAAGCUUAAUGGACAAGUGCCCUUUGCCGGCGCGCUUGCACCAUCGAAUGCUAUCAAGUCACAUACAUCGCAUAUAGCAGCGCAGUUCCCCACGGGUCAUGAUUCUGCAACAGCGGUAGUGGUUGGGUCGAAUAAUACAGUAUCACCACCUCCAUUAAGUACCUCGAUUGAAUCUGCGAGAGAGUGGUCCGAACGCCCAACUCCUCGGGCACAUACAAGGCAGGAGUUUGAUAAUCCUACUAUAGAGUUAAACUCCAGGACUGCUGAUGGCAGAGAGCAUGCUGUUUCUCAGGGGGAAACGCCAUGGAUCUUGAUGUCCAGUAUGGAAGGUUUCAAGCAUUUUAAUGAGGAACUAGAGAUCGACGCCUUGAAAGCAGCCCUCGCGGAGUGCUGGGCUCUAUGCAAUUCGCUGGCCACUCUCAGUUGUCUAUAUGGAGAACGGCAAGGAUCUCAGAUCAAUGUUCAAGACGAGGCUUGGAAAUUAUGCUGGCGCCUAUGCCAGGAACUAUAUGUCAACCAGAAGGAUCCUGACUCAUCAAAGGUCAAUAUUACCCUUGAUAUUUGUCACGCCUUCUGUCAAUCGCUGUUUGAAGCUCGCGAGAAAGAAAAUGAGAUGGCGGAUUCGGUUCUCCGCGUCAGUUUUGAGCUUAAUAAUCAUCUUUUCAAUACGCACGAUCGGAACCUACCGGAAGCGUUUGGGGAAAGAACUCUCGACUUCUACAUCACAUUGUGUCAUCGUCUAAUGAAGCAGAAGAGCUUCGUGUCUGAGACAGAAACUCCACUGCGUGCGUGCUGGUCAUUUGCAGAAAUGCUGUUUACUAUGCGUCAAAGUCAGAGGGGAAACAAGAGGCCGGAUGAGGACUUGCUCGGAUCAGCGGUUCAGGCUUGUUGGGACCUCUGCGAUGUUUUCCGGGAAGGUUGGACACAGCGGAGCCAUCGAAGCUCCGAUCGUGGAACACCGCGGCCCAGCCAAGCAACAUUUCAGCAGGUCAUAGAGAAGGUCAAUGGGCCUCAAUAUAUUGACUGUGAGAUUUCGAGGCAAUUGAGAAAUCCCGAAACACCUACUACAGUCUUCGAUGACACUGCAACUAUGUCACCAGAUGAAGCACCUAUGCAGAAUAUCUUCGUCUUGGGCCAGGACCCAGGCCAAGCAUCACACGCUGCUUGGUCCUCAAAUUCAUCAGCUGUUUCGGGACAAUCACGAUCAUCAGAGCAAAGCUCGUCUGCUAAGACUAUAACUACCACCUUGUCGGGAGGCUUGAAUCUAGUGUUUGUCAAGAUAUUGGUUACGAAGGCUGCGAUGAACAGUGGGUAUCAGCGUUCUGGGACGCAAAGUUUCUCGUCAUUCGUCAAAUCACUUUCCUCUGACGCCUUUGGAUCUCUUUCGUGGCAAAUAUCACUUCUGAAGAAUUAUAAAAGGUUGGUAGCGCUUGACCCCAUUUUUCAAGCUGCUAGUUAUCAGGCACGGGCAAGUGCCAUUGAUGUAGCGCAAGCCGUUCGACUCAUUGCGCACGGAGGGCAACACCCGUGGUUACUGGAUCUUUACCGCCUGGUUUUCGGAUUCCAGACAGAUGAGGCUAUAAGCCGGAAGGAGAUGGUACUUCAAGUAUAAAUCAUUUGCGACGUUCACGACUUCCCGCGGUAGAUGGCCUUUCCUCAAGUGUGCGUCGCACGUAAUCAAGAUACAGGGGACAACAUCAGCUACAACUUAGGUUCGUGAUCAGUCUUAGUUGUAUGAAGGCAGGGCCUUGAUCAUGGCAAUGGGCUCGAUGGCAAACCCGGUACUUUUGAAUAUAGGCAAUGGGAAAAGCUGGCUCAUGCGAUCGUGUGUCUGUCAAAAUGUUCCUGUGAUGCCUGCCUAGAACGAGACUAUCGCCCGUCAUGCAUACUGAGGGAGUUUAGUGGUAAGAUAAAUCAUGAUAAUGGCUAUGAUGUCCGAGCACGCAGCAAGUGCUGCAACAAGCACGGCUGUUCUAGAGGUUUAUGAAAAUCUUUACUGUGUACCUUGCAUGCAUAGAUUGUUUUCUUGCAAUAGGUAUUUAGAUAUGACAAGCUCGCCG